AUGGGGAAAUCAUCUAAGGAUAAAAGGGACAUUUAUUACAGGCAGGCAAAGGAAGAAGGCUGGAGGGCCAGAAGUGCAUUUAAACUAUUACAAAUUGAUGAAGAAUUUACUAUAUUUAAAGGCGUAACGCGAGCUGUGGAUUUAUGCGCCGCUCCAGGAAGCUGGAGUCAAGUACUAAGCAAGAAAUUAAGAAAUCAAGAAAACCUAUCUGAAGCAGAACAAAGCAAAGUAAAGAUUGUUGCUGUUGAUUUACAAGCCAUGGCUCCUUUGGAUGGAGUUAUACAGAUUCAAGGAGAUAUUACCAGCGUAUCAACGGCUAAUCGAAUCAUUGACUAUUUUGAGGGAGAAAAGGCGGACUUGGUAGUCUGCGAUGGUGCUCCAGAUGUUACCGGACAGCAUGAUUUAGAUGAAUAUUUUCAAGCACAACUUCUACUAGCUGCAUUAAAUAUCACGAAUCACGUCCUUAAAUCAGGUGGCACUUUUAUUGCAAAGAUUUUUCGCGGAAAAGAUGUAUCAUUAUUGUAUUCUCAGCUGAGAGUAUUUUUUCCGAAUGUUACAAUUAGUAAGCCUCGAAGUUCCCGAAAUUCGAGCAUUGAAGCAUUUGUAGUUUGCAGAAAUUACAGCCAACCUGAAGGCUUCACACCAACGAUGACUAAUCCCUUGUUAAACAAUGACUAUGAACUUAGCUUUAUUGAUUUACAAGAAGAAAAUCAGAUAAUUAUCCCGUUUGUUGCAUGCGGUGAUUUAAGUGCUUAUGAUGCAGACAUGAAUUAUCCUUUGCAGAAGACUGAAGAUUAUAAACAGCUCCCUCCAACACAAGCUCCCAUAGAUCCUCCUUACAAGACAGCUUGCUACUUAAAAAGAAACAACCUUUUAAAGCCGAAAAGUGAAACGAGUAAUGGAAAUUCCAAUAAUGAUGAGACUGUACAGUCGGGGGAUUGA